UGAAGUGUAGAAUUGGCCUCGUCCCGGUUCAAACUUCGACUCGCCUCCCUCUGCAUUCGAAGGAAUCCCUUAACCGGAGACAAACACCGCUGACAACGAACAGCCGGUUGCUUUAUCCCAUUCAGACACAAUGAAUCUUGCAACACUAUUUUGCAAAAGAAUGAAUAUCAAGGAGCUGGUUACAAACCUGCCUGUUUACAGAAGUGCUAGUGAUGUCUCUGGAGAAGGAUUGGGUUUGAUUUUCAUGCGAUGGGCCUCCAAAAAGACAGCAGGAUCCACAAAGAAUGGAAGGGACUCCAAACCCAAGAAUCUUGGGGUGAAGAAAUUUGGUGGAGAGAGAGUGAUACCUGGGAACAUUAUUGUUCGUCAACGUGGCACCCGUUUCCAUCCAGGAAACUACGUUGGAAUUGGAAAGGAUCACACCCUAUAUGCUCUGAAAGAAGGUUGUGUUAAGUUUGAGAAACACAAGCUCAGUGGACGGAAGUGGGUACAUGUUGAGCCCAAAGACGGGCAUGUACUUCACCCUGUCUAUGCAGAUGCUGCUGCUCCUAGGGUCAAGACAACUGUUUAAGUUUCUUUUCCUUGCAUUUAAUGUUUUGGAUAUAAGAUGUAACACUUGGGGUACGUUUAUUUAUACAUGCCAAGUUUCUUUUAUGAAAAUUUUGUAGGUAAUUAUUGGAAAUUCAUCCAGUGGACUCCAUAGACUAAAUAACAAAUAGCCCUCAUUUUUCUUCU